CACACAGAGAGCAUCUACCAUUUAAGUGACGGAGGUCAGGGGAACAAAAAUGUCUCAGCCUGUUUAUGGCAAUAUAAAUACUGAUGGAACACGGGAUAUGGACAGACGCAACAAGAGAAUCCAAACACCUCAACACACAGGAAGUGGUUGUGUGAAUAUCAGAGUCUCCAGAGCAGCUGUAGUGUGUUUGGCUCUGCUGUGUGUUCUUCUGCUGACUGCAGUCAUAGUGCUGUGUGUCCACAUCUAUACAAACAACACAAACUACACACAAGAGGGAGAUGAGCUACUAACCAAGAUCAACAACCUCACAGAAGAAAGAGACCAGCUCCUAACCAUGAUUACUAACCUGGCAGAAGAGAGAGAACAGCUACUAAACAAGAACAUAAACUUGACAAAUGAAAAACAUGGAUUACUAACCAAAAACAACAACCUGGUUAAAGAAAUAGACAAGUCCAAUCAAGAGAAGAGUGAAAUGUUUAAAAGUCUUCGUGAAAUGGAUGGACAGAUCUAUCAGUCCAGUUUGUACUUUGUUUCCUCUGAGUGUAAGAGCUGGACUGAGAGCAGAAGAUUCUGUACAGAGAGAGGAGCAGAUUUGACCAUCAUAAACAGCAAAACAGAACAAGAUUUCAUUAAAAAGAUUUCUGGUGGUGAUGGAGUCUGGAUUGGUGUGACUGACAGUGAUGUGGAGGGCAGAUGGAAAUGGGUUGAUGGCAUCACAUUGACCUCUGGUUUCAGCUUUUGGGGGAUCGGAGAGCCCAAUGGACAAAUAGAAGAGAACUGCAUCACGUCUUAUCCAACAGGGUGGUAUGAUUAUCCAUGUAGCAGUGCUUUUAAGUGGAUCUGUGAGAAAAAAAUUCAAAAAUGAGUAAUCAAAUGAAACAGCUAUAUUUUAACUCAACGUUUGAUUUCUUUAACUUUUUCAAGCUGCUGCUUACCCUCGCCAUAGUUGUAAAUAAUGGCAGUAAAAUAUGAUGUCUUAUUACGAUUAAUAAAACAUUAUUUAAUAAAUGAGUGCCUGCUGUCAUAAACAACAGCAGCUUCAACUCAGACCACAACAGUGUCUCUUCUGUCACAUCGGUCGGGGACUCUAAGGCUGGGCUGGUACCCAUUUGAAAGACUAAUAUAUAGCAUCAUAUAUACUAUUACAAUUCAGUUAAAUAUAUGCAACUUUAAGGCACUUAUAUGCAUCAUUUAGGGGUAAAUAAGGUGCAAAAGUUUAUCUUUUGAAAGGGUACCAACUUUUGUACAAUUUCU